AUGAAUAAUCCUUUUACUUCGCUUGGUUGUCCAGAAUUUAUAUAUCAAACAUGCAAAGAAAUAGGUAUAUCAAAGCCUACAGCAGUACAGCAAGCUUGUGUUAAGCAAAUUAUCACAGGUCAUAACUGCAUUGUUAUUUCUCAAACAGGUACAGGUAAGACAGCUGCUUUUGCACUUCCAAUUAUAUCAACAUUAUCAAAAGAUCCAUAUGGAAUAUACGCACUCGUUAUCAGUCCAACAAGAGAACUUGCACAGCAAAUUUGUCAACAAUUUAAGAUUUUUGGAAGGGGAAUGAACGCAGACAUCUGUCCAAUUAUAGGCGGAUUAGCAAUUACAGAUCAAGCAUCAGCAUUAGAGAAGAAUCCACAUAUUGUUGUCGCUACUCCAGGCAGAAUUUUACAUCAUCUUCGAAGUGCUUCUAAAGGAAAUACUAGAUUUUCAUUCGAUAACCUUCAAUACCUCGUCCUCGAUGAAGUUGAUCGUCUUUUUAAGGAUGGUUACUGGGAUGAUGUCCUUGAAAUCAUCAAAUACUUACCAGAGAAGCGCCAGACGCUUUGUUUCUCAGCCACAAAGAGUGACCAAGUUGAUCUUCUUACAAUUAUGACCAAGCCACCUUCUACAAGUUCAUGUCCGCUUCCAUCAGUUGGAAAAUCAUGGUUUAGUGAUGAUAAAUUGACUUUCUAUUGGGAGCCAACAGAUGAUCUUAAGCCAAAGAUUGAGCACGUCAAAGUUCUCGUCCAAGAUGAAGGAAGAGAAGUAUAUUUAAUGAUUAUUAUCCAAAAACUUAUGGAAGCAGACCUUUACAAGCAAGUUAUUGUAUUUGCAUCAACCAAAGAGGCCGCGCAGACUAUUACCUUGAUUCUCCGUAACUUUAGCUACAAAACAGCCGUUAUGCACUCAGAUAUGCAAGAAUCCGAGCGUCUUAAGGAGUUAGAAGAGUUCAGAGCUGGUAGACAGAGGAUAUUAGUUGCAACAGAUGUAGCUGCUCGUGGUUUGGACAUUCCUUUUGUUGAUAAUGUUAUUCAUUUCAAUCCACCUCAAAAUGCAGCAACAUACGUGCACAGAGCAGGUAGAACAGGAAGAGCUGGUCGCGAGGGUCGUUCAAUUCUCUUUGUUUCCGGAAGAGAAAAGAAAAUUGAACAAGAAAUCGAGAAAGAGAUCGGCCAACAGUUCACAGAGUUGAAAGUUGAGAAGAGCGAAAUGAAAGAGAAGAUGAACGUCUUCUGGGCGAAAAAAGACGCAAAAAUUGCAAUGUCUCAAUCAGAUUUCGGUAAAAGAGAUGAAAUGUUGAAACAAUUGGAUAAAAUCCAAGCUGGUGAAGUAUAA